AUGUCCAAGACCAGAGAGUUGUGUAAGGAUAUCAGGGAUAAAAUUGUAGACCUGCACAAGGCUGGGAUGGGCUACAGGACAAUAGGCAAGCAGCUUGAGAGGCAGGCCUGUGGAGUGGUGCAGCAGCAGUGGGAAGGGAGCCAGAAACACCCGACUGCAGAGGAGAGAAUGUUGUUGUUUUUAUUUACAGGUUGUUCAAGCAUGGAUGUUAUUGUGGCAAGUAAAAUAAAUGCACUGAAUGGAACAACUGUUAAAAUCGGCUGCACAUUCACCUCCUGCUAUAAGAUGGAUGUCACCAAGUUUGCCAUGAAUUGGACCUACCAAGAAUCACUCAAUGAUACAGAGGAGAUGUUUAUGACUUACCAAAGGAAAAAAGGAAUGGUAUCUCAGCGUACAGAGCAGUUUGGAGACAGGGUCACAUUUGUUGGGAACCUGGAUAAGAAUGACAUGUCAAUCACCCUAUCAGAUGUUCAGCUGGAGGAUGAGGGGAUUUACAACUGUUAUGUGAGAAACCCUCCAGAUCGCAUCCAGGGACACGGUGUCAUAAAGUUCAACGUGGUUACUGAACUUCCCCCUCCAAGGGACUCAACCAUUGCAGUUGCCAUUGGGGCAUCAGUGGGCGGAGCAUUAGCUCUACUGAUUCUUUCCAUGGUGAUAGUUAAAUGCCUCCGUCGACACCGGAAACAGGAACUGAUUUCAGAGGAGAAGAUGGAGGAGGAGGGAAAACUGGAGGCUGAAGGUGUUGCAGAGGAGGGAACAAAGUAA